CGAUUAAUUAAAGUUCAAUUUAAGGACGAUGAAGAAGAAGAAUUUUACUUUAGGUAGCAGUUCUACGAAUAGGCUAGGAUGGUUGUAGGUGUUUUCCCAGCCCACCUGCAAACUUUAACUUAUAGCAUUAAUCACCAUCGUUUUAGGAGUUCACCAGAAAUAAUCAUUGAUGGCGAAUACAGCAAUGCCAGUGACGUGUGGGGUUUUGGAGUGCUGAUCUGGGAAAUGUUCACUCUUCUUGACAAAGAACUGAAUGAAAGUGAUGAAGAAGUCUCAUCUCUUCCCUAUCAUCAGUUGAGCUCCAAGGAAGAGGUACAUUUAUCUGAAGGAUUGUAUUGCCCAUACGAUAUCUUAAAAAUUAUCAAGCAGUUAAUGAAUAGGCCAAGGACAAACUAAUUAAUGUUUAAAGAUAAAGAGCAAAGCCCAGCAAAUAACUUUAAAACCAAACAUAAAAAAAGUUAUUUGAUGGGCUUUGCUCUUUAUCUUUAAACUAAGAUUUCCGCCUGGUGUAUCAAUUGCCACAGUUUUAAUUAAUGUUUGAUUAAUUUUGAUUUAAUCCCUUCGGAUUCUUACUAUUUUGGUCGUUUUUCAAAACUCACUGGUGGCGACAUAUUUUUUUCCACAUUGCUCUCGAAACCAUACCAUCAUUUAUCAAUAUAAGUCAUAAAUAAUUGAUUUUCCCACACUCAUUGAAAUUACACGACAACUUAAUAAUUUAUUAGAAGUUGUUUAUAAUUAGGCUAUUGCCCCGAGGUAUUUGGGUACUAGUUUUCUUUUCGCCCAUUGCACUGCUCCUAGCCAAUCAUUACAUAAUACUAAUUUUAGUUCAUGUGAAUUAUUAAAUUAAAAAUCGAAAAAACCAUUUUGUGGGAUUGAUGAGGCAAAAAGGGACUUAUAGCGAGAUUCAUGACUUGUGAAUGAAUACUGGACUUGGCGUUUGCAAUAAUAAUUUCUAACAGGGUGCGCUCUAAUUGAAUUCUCAUUUUGCUUUAAAAAGAAAGAUAUUAGUUUGGUCAAUUUACAAAUUGGCAAACACAUAUUUAUGUAUUACUAUAUGAACUAAACUUUAUACUAGUGAUAGUCAUAAUAAUAUUAUAUUAUAUUAUAUUAUUACAGAUUUAACAUGAUUUUAGUCAAUUUACUCGAUUAAACAUUCAUCAUCAUUAAACAUUAAUCGGUACAGUGUGCAUUAAUUUACACAGAAUAUCAAAAUCUAAAUAAGCAACUUGAUAAUGUAUAUUUUAUGAUCUUCUAUUUUGCAAGGAGCUCCUUAAUUAAGUAUGUUGAAACAUUAAAGAAAGAUAUGAAAUGUGAUUGAAGAUUAUUCACAGUUUUUCACAGCUAUGAAUUGAAAAGUAAUGUCAGAAAUUUUCACAAUUUACAAAGGCGCGUUAAUAUGGCUGUUCCGCUUGACUACAUUAAUAAAAUGUCUAUAAAAUUUUACUAUAAAAUGUAAAUUAAUAAAAUGUCUAUAAAAUAUUACUAAUUUUGUGUUGCUCUUUAAGCUGUGAUGAUAAAAUUUUUGUCGGGACUUGUCUAGAUCAAAAUUUUGCUCAGUAGGGAAUAGGUCCAAUGUUCUCGAUAUAUUCUUCUCAAAUUCAUUAAUAAUUCCUGAGCAAAUGAGCCAAUGAUAAUCACCUAUUUGACCACAAGAUGCCAUUUGGAUAUAGCUUGAAAACAGACCUACGUUUCGCCCACCCUAAAAUUCGCGGGUCGACGGAAAGUGCGAAACGUAGGUCUGGUCAAAAUGUUGUUCAAAACGUUGUGAAAUCCGACCGCCUGGUGACAGGGAGAUGAGUUGUGAUUGGUUGGUCGCUAACAUGAAAAUAUUGGAAAAGAUCAGAAUAUAUUUCAACGGCAUUCUCAACAAAUAUAAUAUGCGUAUAGUAGAAUUUAAAUUCCAAAUAAAAUAUUUUGUGAAGUCAAACGACAACUCGUCUAACAGUAUGACCGUCUAAAAUUAAACCUAGAGGGGAAUAGAGCAGUACGUGCCAAAUACUUGAGCGUUAUGUCUUUCCGUUGUAAUUUAAAAACAUAGAUAGUAUUAAAAUUAUUCCAUUGUGUGAUAGUCAUAAUAAAAUUAUAGUCAUAAUAAAAUUGAUACAAUGAUACACAUAUGUGUCAGUGCAAUAGUAUAUAUACGUUUAUGAUUUACCUUUCGAUAUUAAACAUAGCACGUUACAAAAUAUUUUAUUUAGAUUUUAACAUUGUAUGGCGGUUUCAAAAUGUAUGAAUGUAAGAGUUUGGAUCAUAGGUUUGAAUGCAAUUGAAUAAUAGGACAUGGCCAUUGCCAAAUUUGCGUAGGCAUGCAGAUUUUAUUGCAUUUAUAGAAUGUGUUGAAAAUGUUGUAUUAUUACUAGCUGUAAACUGUUUGCAGCAUGGGGUUACAAAAAAUUUUAAUAUUUAUUCAAAGAUCGGCAACAUUCAUUGUAUUUUUAGGUGUUACAUCUAAUGUGUCAAUCAUCAUCGUUAAUUAUUGCAAAAUGCAAAGUGGGCGGAAAGCGAUUUUGACAACAUUUUCAUCUGACCUACGUUUCGCCUUUCCGUCGACCCGCGAAUUUUAGGGCGGGCGAAACGUAGGUCUGUUUUCAGGCUAAUUUGGAUAACCCGGUGAAACUUGAUGAAAAUCACUAGUGUUUUCAUCAAAUAUCUUAAUUACGCAUGCAACAUUACUUGAAUAGAAUUCCUAAUUACGUUAUACUUGGUUAAGAAUUAUAUUCAAAUCAGCAAACGAAAACAUUCUGUUGCGUCUCGAUUCAUUUGAGAAGCCAUAUAAACAACUCGAGCUCGUGUCUCACCGGGAUAUCCAAUGUUUGGAUAUCUUGGUGAAACGCUCGCUCUCGUUGUUCAUAUAUUACUUGAAAAAUCACACUUGUGUUUGGCGAAAUAUUUAAUUUAUAAUACCGCUUGUGCACGCAUAUACUCGCGGUAUUAUAAAAUAUAGUGGGGCAAACAUGCCCGCAUGUGCCAUUUCUCUUCAAUAUACUCUCGCACCGUGUAAUUUCCUAUUAAUACCAUUUAAAAAAUUAUAAUACGUAUUUUAGAUAUUUAUGACACGUAUUUUAGAUAUUGUCAUAUUUGACACAACGAAAAAGACUUGGCCAACCUAAAAGUUGCCCAGACUGGAUUUACGAAAUGAUGCUCGAGUGUUGGGCAUAUAAUACUGAAGAUCGACUCAAGUGUGAAGAUAUAGAACAUCGUAUUAAGGAACAGGUAUGUAUCUGAAGUACAUGCAAAAACCCAUGUUAUGAAUAUUAUACAACUUUGACACACAUAAAAAUCAACAAGAUCGGAAGAGUCUACUUAUUUACAGAUUGUAGCAAUGUUUUGAUUCCAUCAAGUUGCUAUACUUUAUAACAUACUACUGUAUCUUCCAAAUCUCCAAAACGUGCUUCUAUAAUGGUAUUCUUGAGCACGCAUAAACAUAUUUCUUAUUAUGCAUGAAUAUCUAUCUCUGACAUUUUUGUAAAAUAUAUGUACACUUGAACUUAUCAAUGACAUGUAUUUAAUUGUCCCCUAUAAACUCAUUUGCUACAUAAAUUAAAUUAACUGUUAAUGGACAAGGUGCAUGUUCAAUUAGUACAAUCAAAAUAGAAAAUAGGUCAGAAAAAAUUAGUAAAAAUCCAAAAAUUAGCGUAUGCACUCUCUUCAGCAACCUUGAUAACAUAUGAAAAGUCCUCAUGUAUCCUCUUGGAGCUUUCUCUAUUAUGACAAGUUUUUUGUUCGAUUUCCCUAGUGAACUCCUAUAUUGUUAAAGGUGAAAUUUCAAAUUCAAUUAUAUAGGAAAAAUAAGUUACAUCAUUAGAAAACUUACAAAAUUACAUAUAAGACAUUUAAACGGCUACCUUGAUUUUGAGUUAUGCUGAACUGUUGGAAACGUGUUGUCAGACUAGUACCCAGGAUUUUUGCCAGCUUUUGGCCUAUUUGUCACAUUUGGAACAGCAAUAACUCGAAAACCGCUUGAAAAACUGUUUAAAUGUCUUAUAUGUAGUUUUUAUGAGCUUUUUAGUGAUGCGAUUCAUUUUUGUUAUGAGUGAACUUGAAAUUUCACGUUUUUUAACAAUAUGGGAGUAAUAGGGAAAUCGAAAAAAACCUUGUCAUAAUGGAAAAAGCUCCAAGAGGAUACAUGGGGACUUUUAGUAUAUUGUUCAGGAUAGUUAAAUUAUUGCAUCAAACAAUUUUUAGCUUUUUACUAUUUUUUUCCAACCUUGGCCUUAAAAUGAGCUAAAAUUACUGAACUAAAUAUUAUGUAAUCAUUAAUGAAUAAGCAAUUUUUUUAAUUAUGCACGACUACAGCGCCGCCGUGAGGGGAGGGGAUAUUUCGGAACUUUGCUCCAUGCCCCUAGCUCAAAAGCCUUCCUCCCAAAAAAAGAAUUUCAUAUGCCUUUCAAAUUUCUUGGUACAGGAUUUCUAAAUUCCAGCUACGUUAAUGUCAGAUAUAAUAUGUAACAAUGUGUAAUUUAUUGUAAAACAACUCUUCUCCCUUUAACAAUUAUGAUGCGAUAGGGCCCCUUGGAAAGUUUUGUAACGGGCCCCGCACUAACUUUGGGCGGCCCAAAUGAGGUAGCUCAAACGUGAUAAGUACAUUCUUUUUUGUAAACAAUUUUCAUUUCUACUGGCAAAAUAAAUACGAUACGAAGUUGCUGGUAUUGCCGACGAUACGAAGUUUUUGGUAAGGCGGACGAUACGAAUUUCUUGGUAUUGCGAACGACACGAAGUCAUUGGUACGGCGGAUGACACGAAGUUGUUGAAUGGGGAGCGAAACGAAGUUGUUGGUACGGCAGACGAUAAUAUUGUAUACGAAGUUGUUGGUACGGCGGACGACACGAAGUUGUUGGGAAUUAACGCGCGCGCAUGCAAGACAUGCCUUUAAUUGCAAUCGAUUCUUUCAAUUUGCGAUUCUUUCACUUUGCUUCGGUGGCGAAGUGGUAAGUGGUUAGCGCACUUGCCUUUCACCUCUAAUGUAACAUUACUUGGCAAGGAAGCACCAUAGAAACCAUAAGGCUUUUGCCUUAUCAGGUUUGAGCUACUUCAUUCAUACUAGUGCACUGGGCCGCCCAAAGCUUGCGCGUGGCCCGUUACAAAACUUUCCAAGGGGCCCUAUCGCAUCAUGAUUGUUAAAGGGAGAAGAGUUGUUUUACGAUAAAUUACACAUUGUUACAUAUUAUACCUGACAUUAACGCAGCUGGAAUUUAGAAAUCCUGUACCAAAAAAUUUGAAUGGAUUCUUUCACUUUGCUUCGGUGGCGAAGUGGUUAGCGCACUUGCCUUUGACCUCUAAGGUCGCUGGUUCAAGCCUCAGUGGGAACUUCUCAAUGUGACUCGAACCCAGUCCUCAUGUGAAAAGAGUAAAAGUCAACGCUCUGCCGAAAGUCGUGGGUUUUCUCCGGGUACCCCGGUUUCCUCCCACAAGGAAAGUUGACAGGGUGGUUUAGGCUCAUAGGUCAAGAGGCAGAUCAUUAAUGAGGUAUGGACUAAUAGUGGCUGCUCAAGCGGCAUUUGUAAGCUCAAAGUCUACCUGGGUCAGCUUCACGUCAGUGAAGAAUCUAUCUAUUCAUAAUGUAACCAGUCACUGAAAAGCCCUGAUACAGAGUGUGCUGUGCAAUAUGUGUAUCUGUAUUAUGCUUCGCGUUAACACGCUGCGAUUUGUCGUGUAUACGAUUCGUAUUCUGGCGUAUGAAAAUUCAUUCUGAUAACACAAUUCCUCUUUGUUUAGUUUAUGGGGAAAUUUGAAAUACAACCACUUUACGCGUGCGCUUAUUCGAUUACAUACUCUAGAAAACGAAUCUUACACGACAAAUAUAUCGUAGGGUAUAUUUGCUACCGUAUAAUGCGACCGUCGUGGUCCAAAUAUGUUCAGCCACUGCAGAUUUAUCCAGCUCGGCUUCUCGGUGUUCGUCUUUAUUUAUUUAUUUUUAUUUAGGAGCUUUAGGACUCGUGACCGCUAUAGGGCUUACUCUCCAGGGUUCCUUAAAAAAUGUUCUUUAAAUUAAGACGUAUUGAAAGAUUACGUGCAACUUUGUCGAUGUAUAAGAGGAACAUACAAGAAAGUCCUUUUCACCUAUUUUUGAGAAGAUUGACUGGCCAGCUAAAUAUAAAUUCGGUUUGCAAACGCAUAUUUUGCACACUAUCAAAUAUAGGCGUACGGGAGGGAAAAAAUAAGCGGGGGGGGGGGGGGGAUUUACACGACUUUCCCCAUUGUGCCCGACUUACUGAAGAAACUCUUUUUGUCGAAAUUCCACACUGCGUUUACAUUUUUCUGGUACUUUCAAAUGCUAUAUUGCAUAUGUGUUCUUUUUAAAGUUAUUUUCGCCAUUUUUUACCCAAAUUCUUAAUGGGUUUCACUAAGGCAUUAUGCAUUAUGCAAUGAAUUUGACAGGGGUUCAACCUCAAAUGUAUUGAUGCUUAUGCUGUACUGGAGUGAGAAAAUGAUACGAAAUUCCAUGUAUUUGCCUCCAAACACAAAGCUAAUACAUAAAACGAACAAUCGACUCACUCUGAUUGCUGUGUUGUGUUUUAGAGUUGACCCGCCGUCACUUCUAUGACGUCAUAUGAGACCCAAGAAGUAUGUUUAUAAUAUGCCGGACUUCAUUUUUUGGCUGGAGGGCGGCAACUGUAUGCGCCAAUUAACUGUACGCCUAUGCUGGCAAAAUAUAUUCAAUUGAAGAGAAUUUAAAUAAUUCCUUUUGCUUGUUUUUCAGGUACAGUCGACAACAACUGACGAAGACCAACAUGAGUAAUUAUAGGUUACAUUAUUAUUAUUAUUAUGUAUUUAUAAAUUCACAUGAGAUUUGUCCGAUUUGUUGAUCUCCGUCGGGAACUUCAGACUACCGAAGUAGAAGGCAUGACAUUAUAGGUUCUUUUCUUGAAAUGUAUAUUUUUCUUGCUGUGUUUCAAGUUUUCAAUGGUUCAGGAGAUUCAGUCGAUAUGAUAGCAAUCUAACGAUAGCUAUAAAUGAUAGAUAGGCCAUUAUCUUUCGAUAUACUUAUAUGUUAUUUGCAACUUAAAUUAAGGUGAUUUAAGCCACAAUAUAUAACUUGAUAGCAAAGUGGUGGCUUUAAAAAUGCCGGCAAAAAACAGGGCUUUUUUGUCGCAUUUAUAUAACUGAAAAUUGUACGAAUAUAUUUAGGUAUUAGACUAUAUAGGUAAUAGGAUGGUUUCGAGUGCAAUUUGGAUAUAAAACAUGUACGAGUGAGUUUUUCAAAGACCAUCAAAGUAGCACGAGCUCCAAGGACGAGUGCUAUAUUUGAGGUAUUUGAAAAAUUAAGGUGUCCUUGUUUUAUCCACAUUUCACGAGAAACUGCAUCCUAUUAUGUAUUAUAAUAUACAUAAAAAUGUUGCGACAAUUGUACUUUAAGGUACGUUGAUACAGCGAACCGUCCACUGACAAAGUUUUCCUGUUUCGAUAUCACAUUGUACAACUCUAAGGGCUUGAAAGUUUCACUCAACUAUGUUAUUUUUGUUAGUCUUGUUUAAUUGCAAACAGCAGUGCAAUAUUCUGUAAUAACAGUGGAAACAAGAUGGGAUUUAUAAAUCAACCAAUCAUAUGGAAACAGGCUGAAAAACGUUCAUAGAUUGCUUCAAAACAGAGCAUUCAUGGCUGCCGCGCUGCAUAAGUAAAAUUUGAGUUCGGGUGGAAAAUAUAACUUUUAUCAUAAAAUUAGAAAAGACUUUACCUUAACAACACUGAAAUCAACCAAUCACAAAGGGUUAAUAUUUUUAUCUAUAAUUAUGACAGGAAAAUGUUAUUCUUAUUCAAAUAAAGCACAUUGUCCAAC